CACUUAGCUGCAAACUGUCUCUGUCUCUGUUUAUCUGAGCAGAACCUGGAAAGGGCUGGCAAGGACCAGGCACCAGAUGGGACAGCCUGGGAGAUAUGAGAAAUGAGUGUUGGACGUCGAAGAAUAAAGUUGCUGGGUAUCCUGAUGAUGGCAAAUGUCUUCAUUUAUCUGAUUGUGGAAGUCUCCAAAAGCAGCAGCCAAGAAAAAAAUGGAAAGGGAGAAGUAAUAAUACCCAAAGAGAAGUUCUGGAAGAUAUCUGGCCCUCCUGAGGCUUACUGGAACAGGGAACAAGAAAAGCUGAACAGACGGUACAACCCCAUCCUGAGCAUGUUGCCCAACCAGACGGGGGAGGUGUACAGGUUCUCCAACAUAAGCCAUCUGAAUCAUUGUGAGCCUGACCUGAGGGUCGCGUCCGUGGUGACGGGUUUCAGCAACUUGCCGGACAGAUUUAAAGACUUUCUCCUGUAUUUGAGGUGCCGCAAUCAUUCACUGGUUAUAGAUCAGCCGGAUAAAUGUGCAAAGAAACCCUUCUUAUUGCUGGCGAUUAAGUCACUCACUCCACAUUUUGCCAGAAGGCAAGCAAUUCGGGAAUCUUGGGGCAGAGAGAGCAGCGUGGGGAACCAGACCGUGGUGCGAGUCUUCUUGCUGGGCCAGACCCCCCCAGAGGACAACCACCCCGACCUUUCCGAUAUGCUGAAAUUUGAAAGUGAGAAGCACCAAGACAUUCUCAUGUGGAGCUACAGAGAUACUUUCUUCAACUUGUCUCUGAAGGAAGUGCUGUUUCUCAGGUGGGUAAGUACCUCCUGCCCAGACACUGAGUUCGUUUUCAAGGGUGAUGACGAUGUUUUUGUGAACACCCAUCACAUCCUGAAUUACUUGAAUAGCUUAUCCAAGAACAAAGCCAAAGAUUUGUUUAUAGGUGAUGUGAUCCACAAUGCUGGACCUCAUCGGGAUAAGAAGCUGAAGUACUACAUCCCAGAAGUUGUUUACUCUGGCCUCUACCCACCCUAUGCUGGGGGAGGGGGGUUCCUCUACUCUGGCCGCCUGGCCCAGAGGCUGUACCAUAUCACUGACCAGGUCCAUCUCUACCCCAUCGAUGACGUUUAUACUGGGAUGUGCCUUCAGAAACUCGGCCUCGUUCCAGAGAAACACAAAGGCUUCAGGACAUUUGAUAUCGAGGAGAAAAACAAGAAUAACAUUUGUUCCUAUGUAGAUCUGAUGCUAGUACAUAGUAGAAAACCUCAAGAGAUGAUUGAUAUUUGGUCUCGGUUGCAAAAUGCCCAUCUAAAAUGCUAAAAUACAUACAAACUCAAUUUUGCAUAGAAAGGCGUAUUUUGAGUAGUUCCCAUGUUGUGUUCUCACAUUAGGGUGAUUUCUGUAUUAAGCCAUUAAAAUUGCCUUUAUAAGUAGUGCCCACGAGGGCCUCUAAACCUUUCAAUCUGGUACUUGUGUGAAGAGGGAAAGCAAAAGAUAAUUUUUUUGAAAGAUACAGCAGGAUGACUGGGUCUGAUUCCUCCCACUGGCGAGCGGUCAUUAUUUUCUACUUAGUCCCCCUUCUCAUCUGAAAUAAGAAGUUUCUAGAAUUUGACCAUUUCAAGUUGUUUUUGUUUUGCCCCCUCCUGUAUGAAAAUAUUCCUACUCCUCUCCCCUUUUUUUUGAGUCAAGGAUCUCACUCGGUCACCCAGACUGGAGGGCAGUGACACGAUCA